UGGAUAUGACCGUUUGCAUCCUGGGCUCCCCCAGCACCUUCUUGCCCGUCCUGCUGGAGGGGGGCACCCGCUGCCCAGGUGCCAUGGUGCUGUGCCUGUCACCCACAUGGGCCACCCGGGUACCCUCAGAGACAUCCCCCGGUGCCUGGUCCCUGCUGCUGUCCCGGGGGGUCUCCUUCAAGACGGGGGGUCACAGCGCCCUGGAGACCUUCACCCCCCCGCGCCAGGCCAACUACGUGACAGGGACCUAUAGAAUGGGGGGGUCCGAGGGGGGGUGGGUGUCGGAGCUCACCCGGGACCUCGACUGCCCCACGGGGGGGUCGGUGCCGCUCACCCGCCGGCUUGAGGACCCGUUGCUCGCCCGGUGGGUGCUGGCGGCGCGCGCGGGCCUGGCCGUGCCCCCCACCACGGCCUUCGUGCGGGGGUCCCGGCGCGGGGACCUGCCCCCAGGGAUGGGGGUCCCCGGGGUGAAGCUGGUGUGGAUGGAGGAUACCCCGGACACGGAGCGCCUGGUGCAGGAGGAGGUGGGAGCCUUCCUGGGGGGGUCUGAUAUGGAGCAGUAUGGACAGGUGGCGGUGCGGCCCGCGGGGUGGCGCUGGCGCGGCUCGGGCACCCGCAGCACCCACGGCAAGGCGGAGGGGGCCGCGGUGGCGCAGGCGGUGGGUGCGCGGCUCCGGGCGCUGCGGGACGACGACAGCGUCUUGCUGGAGGCGCUGGUGCCCACCGCCCGCCUGCCCGAGCCCCCCCCACGCAGCCCAGCCCCACGGCUGCCCAUGGCCCUGCGCAUCUGCACCCUCGUCUGCAGGUCCUGGGGGGACCGGCCCCAGCUCUGCCAGGUCUCCUGCGCCAUGGGGCGCGCGGAAGCACCGGUGCAUCAUGGUGCAGCGCUGCCGCAGGGGCUGGACUCCAGCCUGCAGCACUGGGGGGUGGUGGCCCCCGGGCAGCGCCAGGCCCUGGCCAAGCGCCUGCAGGUGGCCGCCGAGGCUACCAUGGCCGCUGUCCUGGCCACCGAGGCCGAGCUGAGCCCCGAGCAGCGCGGCGGUGCCCGUGCCCACACCGACAUCAUGGGCGUGGACUUCUUGCUGGCAUGCGUGGAUGACACCCUGGAGCUGGUGGUCCUGUCCACCAACAGCCAGCGGUGUCUGGAGACCUGCCUGCUGGCCGAGGCCAUGGGGCGCGCCGUGGGGCAGCCCCACGGUGACACCCCCCGGCUGCUGGCCGAGGCCAUGCUGCACCGGGCGCAGUGUCACCUCGUUGAGGGCAAGGACAUCCUGCUCAUCGGCGCUGGUGGUGUCAGCAAGAGCUUCGUCUGGGAUGCUGCCCGUGACUAUGGAUUGAGGAUCCACUUGGUCGAGUCAGACCCGGAGCACUUCGCAGCGGGGCUGGUGGAGACCUUCCUUCCUUACGACAGCCGGGAACACCGGCGGGAUGAGGAGCAUGCGGAGCGGGUGACGGAGCUGCUGCGCUCCCGGGGGCUGCAGCCCCACGCCUGCCUUUCCUACUGGGAUGACUGCGUGGUGCUGGCGGCACUGGUGUGCCAGCGCUUAGGGCUGCGCUCCAGCCCCCCCGCCGCCGUCCGUGUGGCCAAGCAGAAGAGCCGCACACACCAGCAUCUCCAGCGCUGCCACCGCGGCCGCCCGGCACCGGCCGCCUUCGCCGUGCCCUGCCACCGGCUGCAGAGCCAUGGGGACGUGGAGCGGGCGGCCGGAGCCGUGCCCUUCCCCGCCGUAGCCAAACUGGAGUUCGGGGCUGGCGCCGUCGGGGUGAGGUUGGUGGAAAGCCCCGAGCAGUGCCAUGAACACGCCGCCCGGCUCUGGCGCGACCUGCGGGAUGAUGCCGAUCACCCCGGCAUCGGGUUGGGAUGGGGGAACGCCAUGCUGCUGAUGGAGUAUGUCCCCGGCACCGAGCACGACGUUGACUUGGUGGUCUUCGAAGGGCGCUUGAUGGGCGCAUGGGUGUCCGACAACGGCCCCACACGCCUGCCCGCCUUCCUGGAGACCGCCGCCUGCCUCCCGUCCUGCCUGCCCGCGGACCGGCAGGCGCAGCUCGUCCGGGCAGCCCUGCAGUGCUGCCUGGCCUGCGGGCUCCGCGAUGGGGUCUUCAACGUGGAGCUCAAACUGGGGCCGGCCGGGCCCCGCUUGCUGGAGAUCAACCCUCGCAUGGGGGGGUUCUACCUCCGCGACUGGAUCCGAGAGGUGUACGGCGCCGACCUGCUGCUGGCGGCCGUGCUGGUGGCGCUGGGGCUGCCGCCGGUGCUGCCAGCAAGCCCCGCGCCCCGCACGCACUUGGCCGGGGUGAUGUGCCUGGGCUCGGAGCACGGGGCGGUGCUGGGGGCCGGCGGGGCGCUGGAGGCGCUGCGGGACCUGCAGAGCCGCGGGCUCGUCCGCCUCAACCGGCUCUUCGAGGAGACGGCGGCGGACGGAGAGUACGAGGAGCCGUGUCUGAGCGUGGCGUGCGCCGGGGAGACGCGGGCCGAGGCUUGUCUGCGCCUGCUGGGGCUGUGCCAGGCGCUGGGCAUCGACUCCCCGCGGUACCCGGUGGAGCAUUUCCUCUCGCACUUCAAAUAGCGGCAGGCAGGCAGCGGGGAUGGAGCGGGGAUGGAGCGGAUGGAGGGGAUGGAUACCCACCCGCUGUCCUGGUACCCCCUCCUGCAGCCGUGCCACCCCGGCAUCUCCACAGCAGCAUAUACCAUGAUAUACCAUCCCCUGGCAUCCCAUCCCCUGGCACCUCAUUCCCUGACAUCCCGUUGCCUGGCAUCCCAUCACAUGACAUCCCGUCCCAUGACACUCCCUGAAUCUGCUGGCAUCCCACCCCCUGGCAUCCCCUGGAUCCCCUGGCGUCCCAUCCUCUAGCAUUCCAUCCCAUAAUAUCCCCUGGAUCCCCUGGCACUCCAUCCCCUGGCAUCGUGUCCCCUGGCUCCCCUGGCUCCAAGUUCCCGGCCCUGGUGACUCAUUCCCUGGCAGCCCAUUCCAUCCUGGCAUCCCACCCCCUGGCACUCCAUCCUCUGGUAUCCCCCAAGGCCCUGGCACCUUAUUCCCUCCUCCCCAACAUCCCUCACAUCUCUCAUGUAUCUCAAUCCCCUGAUUUGGCACCCCAUCCCAUGGCACCCUCCUGGCACCCAAUCCCCUGGCACCCCAUGACAUCCCCUGGAUCCAAAUUCCUUGCCCUGGUGACCCAUCCCGUAGCGUCUCACUCCAUCCCAGCACCCCACCCCCUGGCACCCCAUCCUCUGCUAUCCCCCAAGGCCCUGGCAUCCCCAUUCCCUGCUCCCCAACAUCACCCUGGAUCCCAGUCUCCUGCCCUGGCACCUCACCCCAUGGCAACCCCUGGCAUCCCAUCCCCUGGCUCUCCUGAUCCCAAUCCCUUGCCCUGGCACCCCAUCCCCUGGCACCCCCAAGCCCUGUCCCCAGCAUCCCCUGUCCCCCCAGCUGUGGGGUCUGGUGUCCCUCCCAUGCCAGGGGACAUGCAGGGGACACCCACCAGCAUGGGGAGACCCUACAAUAACAAACCAGCAUGGGGAGACCCUACAAAUACAAACCAGUGGGGGGAGACCCUGCAAUAACAAACCAGCAUUGGGAGACCCCACAGUACCAGACUGAGGUGGGGAGACCCUACAAUAACAUACCUUGAAGAGGACACCCCAUAAUAAUAAAGCAGCAUGGGGAGA